CCAUCAUGAUCCUCACCUACUAGCAGCAGUGAUGUACCAGAGUCGGGUGGAUUGCAUAUGUAGGAUGCUACCGCGAAUUUUCGAAGCUGCAGGCGUCGAGGCAACUUUUCAUCUUGCAGAUGUCAUUCAAGGUUUCUUUGAAUCCCACUAUUUUAGACAUCCUGG